AUGCCUCUGGUUCUUCAGCCGGCCGAUGAGGCCGACGCCCCUCGCAUCGUUGAGAUCGAACAUCUCGCCUAUGCUUCCAACGCCCUUACGCCUAUCCUGUUCCCAGGACCGUUUCCACCGGAAGCAAAGAACGAGCGUGCAGAGGGGCUCAUCAAGCAACUCCAUGAAGAUCCAACUGUUCGAUGGGUGAAGGCGGUAGAUACCGAGACUGGUGAGAUCGCUGCCUUUGCGAAGUGGAACAUCAUCAAGGAACCCAGAGUGCCGGCUCGGUCCCGAAAAUUUGGUCCUGGAUGCAACGUGGAAGCCUGUGAGGAGUUCUUCGGGGGGAUCCAUAGAAAACGAAACGAAUUGAUGGGAGAGAAGAGAUACUGCUUACUCGACAUACUCCAGACGGAUCCAAAAUACCAGGGACGUGGUGCAGGAGGCAUGCUGAUCAAAUGGGGCCUGGAUGUCGCCGACGAGCUCCAUCUUCCUGCCUACCUCGAGUCGUCCCCUGCCGCACACACUUUGUAUCAGAAAUUCGGCUUCCGAGAUGUUGAUAAAUUCACGCUAGAUCCAAAAUGGAACUACGGGUUGGCAGAUGGGACCAUUUAUUUCAUGCUCAGGGAAGUAAAACAGUGA